GCAGUGGCUCUUCACUCCUCUCCUCUCAACCUGCUCGAGCUCUCACUUUCUCCUCCGAGGGAUCUCUGGACGUUUUUUUUGUCUCUCAAAGGAAAAAAUGGCCUUGUCACAGAAAAGCUGCACUCUCCUGUUGGCUGUUGUGGCUGCAGUUUGCAUUCAGCUCCACCAAGCUCACGACUUUCCUGGACGCUGCAGAUGUCACACCACAGUCAAGUUCAUCAGAGGCAAUAUAUCUGCUUUCCAAGUCUAUGAAAGGCGGCCUGGAUGUGACAAAACUGAAUUGUUUGUAACCCUGGACAAGGCAAACAACUCCACUGAGGAUAUCUGCAUGAACACUGAGGGAAAGAUGGCCAAGGCUUUCUUGAGAUGCUGGGAAAGGAUAAACAAAGAGGAGAGCCGCAAGAUCGAGUGCAUCGACAGAAAAAGAAAGGCAGAGUGAAAGUACAAGAGGGGGAGGCCCGACUGGGGUGGAAAGUUAUCCGGGGCCGGGGUCCCGGAGGUGACAUGAAGACUGCACACACAAGCCUAAGAAUGCUGAGAGCAGAGCUUUCACCGAACUCCUGAACUGGAGAGCAUUGGGAAAUGACAGCGAAGAGGGGAAGAGCAGUGGGAGUGGAAAUGAUUAACAGCUUGGAGACAGGAAGGGGAGAGAAUGUAGUAAAGAACAGGAGUUAUGGAAGUUAGGGGAUAGAAAAUGUAAACAUAUGUACAGUACUAUAGCAGUCUGUGUAAGAAUGCCACUGUUGAAAUGCACACACUUUUAUGUUUUUGCUUGACAUACAACUAUUUAUGCUGAUUUAUUUAUUGUUGAAAUUUUAUUUCCUUACGUUUUUAUUUUUUGUUUUUACAAAUGUGUGACACAAAGCAAAUAAAGAUUUUGAUAUAA